UGACGCUGCUGCCGCAGCCUGUGCGGUGUUUGCUCUUUUCACGCAGAGAAGACUCCUGCACACACACACACACACGCACAUACAUGUACAUGAACGAGCAGCCGGACACCGACACCGGACCCCGGGAACAUGGUGGUGGCGGCGGCCGCGGGAACAACGAGCUGCUCGGUGCCGUAGAUGAGAAGAAGCAAGGCGGCGCGAGGAGGAGGAGGAGCUUCACUUAACAACAGACACAGCGACGAUGAGGGGAACCUGAACACAGCAGCUUGUUUCUAAGCAACAGCAACAUAGUGUGUGGCAACAAACAUCAUGGGCUACAAGAUUCCUGGAGCAGCGAUGGACCGCGUCAGCCUCCUGUGGCGCCUGAGGCGUCGCGCUCGCCGUGGUGCCCUCUGCAUGGCCUUCUUCUGCGUCUCCAUGGCGCUGCUCUAUGCCAUCUGUGCCGAAAACAGCGUGCCCGUCACUGAUGCAAUCUUCGGGGUGCGGGCGAGGACGCGGGCUCAGCCUCGUACACACUCUGUCAUCAAGGUGCUGAGGAGCGGAGCUAAGCCAGCGUUCAUCGACCCUCAGAAAGGUGUCGUCCCAGGUGACCCUUACCAGCCAAUGCCUGUCCUCUCCUCUCCAAACUUUACCACUGACCACGGGGAGGUUCCGUCCAGGAGGAAGUCCAGAGAGCGUGAGCCCUCCAGGUUUUUUGCUCAUUUGCUGCCACGCCCCUUCACCCGUGCGCUGGAAACCCUGUUUGGACGGCGUCGCAGGGGCGAGCUGAGCGGUAGAGGUGGCGACGCCGAGUUCUUCGGGCCUAACGGGCCACUGGGACAGGUGUGGGAUGACGAGAUGUCCAGUAGCAUGCUGGGAAACCGUCUGAGGAAGGUGGUGAGGAACUAUCAGGCGAUGAACAAAUAUGGAGUUGAGGUUUCAGGUCCCGGUGGCGUCUCUAGUCGGCCGAAGCUCAGCGGCCCCGAGCUUCUCUGCCAGCUGAGGGACAAGGCAGAGGUCGCAACCUUGACCUCUGAACUUCAGCCCUUCUCAUCACUGCCAUGGGCCUCCCUGCUGCCAUCGAAGCCGCUGACCUCUGACCUGGGGCCGUACAGGAGCUGCGCUGUGGUGUCGUCAGCAGGAUCGCUCCGCCACUCUGGACUCGGCAAAGAGAUCGACUCCCAUGAUGCUGUGCUGCGCUUCAACACCGCACCCACCAACGGCUACGAGAAAGACGUCGGCUCAAAAACCACCAUCCGCCUCAUCAACUCACAGGUGAUGGCGUCCGACGAUCAUCGUUUCCUGUCCAGCUCUCUGUACAGCUCAGGUGCUCUGGUGGCCUGGGACCCCGCCCCCUUCUCCGCUGACCUCACUCAGUGGUACAACAGGACAGAUUAUCCAAUCUUCAUCCAGUACCAAAGAUAUCGCCGACUUCAUCCCCUGCAGCCAUUUUACAUUCUUCAUCCUCACUUUGAGUGGCAGCUGUGGCAGCGAAUCCAGGACAACAUGGCUGAACCCAUCCAGAAGAACCCGCCCUCCUCCGGAUUCCUGGGCACCGUGCUGAUGAUGUCGCUGUGUGACGUCGUACAUGUCUACGAGUUCCUGCCGUCUCGGAGAAAGACGGAGCUGUGUCAUUACUACCAGCGUUUCUAUGACUCCGCCUGCACGCUCGGGGCGUACCAUCCUCUGCUCUACGAGAAGAACCUGGUGAAGCGCAUGAACCGAGGCUCCGACCACGACGUCUACACACAGGGACGCGUCACACUGCCGGGGUUCAGCAAGAUGAACUGCAGCCACACUGCUGUGAACUGACACACACACACACACACACACACACACACACACACACACACACACACAGAGAGACAGACAGACACACACACACACAGAGACAGACAGACAGACAGACACACACACACACACAUAGACAGACACACAGACAGACAGACACACACACACAGAGACAGACAGACAGACACACACACACACACAGACAGAAACACACACACACACAGACAGACACACACACACACACACACACACACACAGAGACACAUCAUUUAUGGACUGAAAUGUGGACAACUGCAUGUUAUGUCCUUAAACUUGUCAGAUUUGUACAGAAUGAGCCUUUACUUUGAAACUGUGUCCAGAGACUGAAACAUGUUCUUACUCUUCCACUCCCACAUUUGACCUUUACUUUGAAACUGUGUCCAGAUACUGAAACAUGUUCUUACUCUUCCACUCCCACAUUUGACCUUUACUUUGAAACUGUGUCCAGAUACUGAAACAUGUUCUUACUCUUCCACUCCCACAUUUGACCUUUACUUUGAAACUGUGUCCAGAUACUGAAACAUGUUCUUACUCUUCCACUCCCACAUUUGACCUUUACUUUGAAACUGUGUCCAGAUACUGAAACAUGUUCUUACUCUUCCACUCCCACAUUUGACCUUUACUUUGAAACUGUGUCCAGAUACUGAAACAUGUUCUUACUCUUCCACUCCCACAUUUGACCUUUACUUUGAAACUGUGUCCAGAUACUGAAACAUGUUCUUACUCUUCCACUCCCACAUUUGACCUUUACUUUGAAACUGUGUCCAGAUACUGAAACAUGUUCUUACUCUUCCACUCCCACAUUUGACCUUUACUUUCUCUUCAUCUGUUCCUGGAUGUGUCACAUGAUUCAAACUGUUCAACAUUGUUAGCUUUAGCAUUAGCCCCAGUUUAAUCAAUAAACAUCAGUCUCAUCAUCA